AUGGCCACAAAUCUUGAGUGCUCAGAUGAAGAUUACAUAGACAUGGAAUUAUGUUCUUCAUCAUCCUUAAACUUUGCAAAUUCUUCACCAAAAAACAAGGAUUUUGAGUUUCAAAUGUCUUCCGUUUGUAGCGAAAAAGACACAACAACUUCUCCAGCAGAUGAACUGUUCUACAAAGGCAAACUCCUACCUCUCCACCUCCCUCCAAGGCUGCAAAUGGUGCAAAAUCUCCUUUCCACCACCUCCAGCUGCGGCGGCGCCACCAACAAAGAGGGCUCCUUCCCAUUCAUUAGUUCUUGUUCUACGGCACCUUGUACCAACACAAACACCCCAUUGGACUCAUGCAACAUUUCUCCUUCAGAAUCAUGCAGGGUGAGUUGUGAACUGAACCCGGAUGAAUAUUUCUUUGAAUGGUCCACUGAAUUAAGCAGUUUCAUAAAAAAUAAUCAUAAUCAUCAUCCAAAAAAAAGUUGGACCUCCAAAAGGCUCAAGUUUAUUAAGCAUUCUAUAUUGGGUUCAAAGCUCAAGGCUUCAAGGGCUUAUUUGAAAUCUUUAUUCAGUAAAUCCGCUUGUUCAGAAGCCGAAAUCUUGUCCAAAAAUGAGAACUUUUCAAAUAAGUACUUUAAAGUAGCCAAGAAAAAUCCAACAAUAGGUUCUAUAAUCAAGAAUAUUGAGAAAGAAGGGAUUGAGGAUAAUGUUCAUAGAAGAUCAUUUUCAAGUGCAAUCAAACGACAUUCGCCAACAAAGUGUUUGUCUUCUUCGUCGUCGAAUUCAUCCUCUGCUUCUUCGUCUUUUUCGUAUAACUUGAAUAAUGUUCAUGAGUUACAUUUUCUCAAGAGGAGCAGUAGUGCACCUGAGAAUGAGGGUUCUAUUGAGGCAGCCAUUGCUCACUGCAAGAAAUCUCGACAGCUCCCGGAUUCAAUAAAUGCGUCACGGGAUUCUGCAUUCUGCAAAUUUUCAAAUUCCAAGAUUGCAGAUGGUGAGGAUCGAGAAAAAUCACUUGUUAUUUUACGUCGUUUGGGUAUAAUCGAGAAGUAA